AACAUUUGGGGAUGCUUCUUGCAUGACAUCGCAGUGACCACUAGCUCAGAAAAUUACCAACAUUUACCAUCAUACUCAUUUUGGCUGCCACUAGCCAAAGUCUAUUAUUAGCGUUUAUCUCGAACUAGUCACCCGCAGGCCCGAGCUACGUCAUCGCCAAACGCAGCUCAGGAAUCUUGGAGAAGACGUCUCUUCCGACCAUCCUAGCUUCUUUGAUUUGCUCUCGAAUCACACAACUGAUGCGGAUCCAGCCGUUCCAGGAGCGAAGGCUCUUCAGCCAUGACCUCCACCGGCCAAGAUUCUUCUACCAGGCAGCGAAAGAGUAGGCACAAUCCCCAAUCGCCCCUUCAGGACUCCAGCGCCACCUUGAAGCGUGGUGGUAAGAAGUGUGCUGUACCCUACUCCAGCCCCAAUCUAGCGGAGGUAAAGAAGAAAGGCAAAAUGAAGAAGCUCAGCCAACCAGCUGAAGAAGACCUAAUCGUGGGGCUUCAUGGGCUGGAUCUGAACCCUGACACAAGAGUACCAGUUGGUACUGGAUUGGUGUUUGAUGAGCAACUAAAUGACUUCCACUGCCUUUGGGAUGACAGCUUCCCUGAAAACCCUGAGCGGCUCCAUGCCAUCAAAGAGCAGCUGAUCCUGGAGGGCCUCCUGGGCCGCUGUGUGUCCUUUCAGGCCCGUUUCGCUGAGAAGGAGGAGCUGAUGUUGGUUCACAGCUUGGAAUACAUUGAUCUGAUGGAGACAACCCAGUACAUGAAUGAAGGAGAACUUCGAGUACUAGCAGGCACCUAUGAUUCAGUUUAUCUGCAUCCGAACUCAUAUUCAUGUGCCUGCCUGGCUACAGGCUCUGUUCUCAGGCUGGUAGAUGCAGUCAUAGGGGCUGAGAUUCGGAAUGGCAUGGCCGUCAUCAGGCCUCCUGGACACCAUGCUCAGCGCAGUCUUAUGGAUGGGUAUUGCAUGUUCAACCAUCUGGCUGUGGCUGCCCGCUAUGCGCAAAAGAAGCACCGCAUACAGAGGAUUCUCAUCGUGGACUGGGAUGUGCACCAUGGUCAAGGAACACAGUUCAUCUUCGACCAGGACCCCAGUGUCCUCUACUUCUCCAUCCACCGGUAUGAGCAUGGUCGGUUCUGGCCCCACCUUAAAGCCUCUAACUGGUCCAGUAUAGGUUUUGGCCAAGGCCAAGGAUAUACCGUCAAUGUACCUUGGAACCAGGUGGGGAUGCGGGAUGCUGACUACAUUGCUGCUUUCCUGCACAUCCUGCUGCCAAUUGCCUUUGAGUUUCAGCCUCAACUGGUCCUGGUGGCCGCUGGAUUUGAUGCCCUCCAUGGGGACCCCAAGGGAGAGAUGUCUGCUACUCCAGCAGGAUUUGCCCACCUAACCCAUUUGCUCAUGGGUUUGGCAGGAGGCAAGUUGAUUCUGUCUCUGGAGGGUGGCUAUAACCUCCAUGCCCUGGCUAAGGGUGUCAGUGCUUCACUCCAUACCCUUCUUGGAGACCCUUGCCCCAUGUUGGAGUCCCCUGUUGCACCUUGUGCAAGUGCCCAGACUUCCAUCUCCUGCACUCUAGAAGCCCUUGAACCCUUGUGGGAGGUUCUUGAGAGAUCAGUUGAGUCCCAUGAGGAAGGUGAAGUGGAAGAAGACAUGCUAGAAGAGGAAGAGGAGGAAGGCCACUGGGAGGCCGCUGCACUGCCAAUGGACACAUGGCCACUGCUCCAGAACCGCACUGGGCUGGUCUAUGAUGAAAGAAUGAUGAGUCACUGCAACCUAUGGGACAAUCAUCACCCUGAGACACCUCAGCGCAUCUUACGAAUCAUGUGUCACCUGGAGGAGGUGGGCCUUGCAGCACGCUGUCUCAUCCUACCUGCACGACCUGUCCUGGAUGCUGAGCUCCUUACCUGUCACAGUGCUGAGUACGUGGAGCGUCUCCGGGCCACAGAAAAGAUGAAAACCCGGGACCUGCACCGUGAAGGUGCCAACUUUGACUCCAUCUACAUCUGCCCCAGCACCUUUGCCUGCGCACAGCUUGCCACUGGCGCUGCCUGCCGCCUGGUGGAAGCUGUGCUUUCAGGAGAGGUUUUGAAUGGCAUUGCAAUAGUGCGCCCUCCAGGACACCACGCUGAGCCGGAUGCUGCUUGUGGCUUCUGCUUUUUCAAUUCCGUAGCUGUGGCUGCUCGCCAUGCCCAGGUCAUUGCUGGACGUGCCCUGCGGAUCCUAAUUGUGGAUUGGGAUAUUCAUCAUGGUAAUGGAACUCAGCACAUAUUUGAGGAUGACUCCAGUGUAUUAUAUGUGUCCCUGCACCGGUAUGACCGUGGUACUUUCUUCCCCAUGGGGGAUGAGGGUGCCAGUAGCCAAGUAGGCCGAGCUGCAGGUACAGGCUUCACUGUCAAUGUACCCUGGAAUGGGCCCCGCAUGGGCGAUGCCGAUUACCUGGCCGCGUGGCAUCGUCUGAUACUUCCCAUCGCCUAUGAGUUUAACCCAGAACUGGUGCUGAUUUCAGCUGGCUUUGAUGCUGCACAAGGGGACCCGCUUGGGGGCUGCCAAGUGACACCUGAGGGUUAUGCCCACCUUACCCACCUGCUGAUGGGCCUUGCUGGUGGCCGUAUUAUUCUUGUUCUAGAGGGUGGAUACAAUUUGGCAUCCAUCUCUGAAUCUAUGGCUGCCUGCACCCAUUCCCUGCUUGGAGACCCACCACCCCAGCUUACUUUGCUGCGACCUCCACAGUCAGGAGCCCUGGCUUCAAUCAGUGAGGUCAUCCAAGUCCAUCGCAAAUACUGGCGCAGUUUGCGGCUGAUGAAAAUGGAAGACAAGGAAGAAUGCUCUGGUUCUAGGCUUGUCAUCAAGAAGCUGCCCCCAACGUCCAGUCCUGUGUCAGCUAAGGGAAUGACCACACCAAAAGGAAAGGUUCCCGAAGCAAGCAUGAGGAAGACCAUAGCAGCAAUAGCAGCAUUACCGGCAAAAGAGUCUACUGUAGGCCAGGCUAAAUCAAAGACAGCGAAGGCAGUGCUUGCUCAGGGCCAGGCCUCAGAACAAGUUGCUAAGGGAACUACAGAAGACCUGGCUACCUCAAAGGAGUCUGUGGGAGGAUCCACAACGGACCAGUAUGCCUCAGCAGCAGCUACUGAAAACUUACCUAACCAGACCACCUCCGAGAAGGCUGUGGGAGAAACUGAGCCAACUUCCCCAGCCUCAUAUGCAAACAAGCAGACCACAGGAGCUUCACCUCUGCAGGGAGUCACAGCCCAGCAGUCCCUUGAGCUUGGGGUUCUCGGCACUUUAGAGCUAAGCAGUGAAGCAGAGGAAGCGCAUGAAUCCGAGGAGGGCUUGUUAGGAGAAGCAGCUGGAGGUCAGGAUAUGAACAGCUUGAUGCUGACACAAGGAUUUGGGGACUUUAAUACCCAGGAUGUAUUUUAUGCUGUGACCCCACUAUCCUGGUGUCCCCAUUUGAUGGCAGUAUGCCCCAUUCCUGCAGCAGGCAUAAAUGUAUUCCAACCUUGUAAGACUUGUGGAGCAUUCCAGGAGAAUUGGGUGUGUCUGACUUGCUAUCAGGUGUACUGCAGUCGCUAUGUCAAUGCCCAUAUGGUCUGCCACCAUGAAGCCUCUGAACACCCGCUGGUCCUCAGCUGUGUUGACCUAUCUACAUGGUGUUAUCUCUGUCAGGCUUACGUCCACCACGAGGAUCUCCAAGAUGUGAAGAAUGCUGCCCACCAGAACAAGUUUGGGGAGGACAUGCCCCACUUACAAUAAAUCCUACACCACACUGCCUGUUUACCUUCUGAGGCCGAAGGCAGAGCAGCUUAGUGCACUGCAGUCUGUACCUUGGAUAAGGGUGGCCUCACUUUGACCCAUCUUGAAUAUCCUUUGCCGGGUGCUUAUUUAAGUGCAAAUCCUUUUCGGAGGACUCCAAUGUUCAGUUUUAGAUGUGCCCCUGCCCACUGCCUGCUCGAGGAACACUUCUGUUCUACCCAGAAGGAAAGUAGGGCAGCGUAGUAGCCCUAGGAAGGAGCUGAGAUCACAAGAAUGACAUUGAAGGAAACAACAGGCAGUGGUGGCAGGCGUGCAUAUUUAAUAAAGUUGAGUUGUUACAAAACC